AGUUCGGUAAGUUUAAGUUCAGUACAGCUCAUCUUCUUUCAUUACAGGAUCAUUUGGACAAAGUCCUCACAAUGUGGGAAUUACAAACGUUUCAUAUCUAAUACUGCUAUAGCACGUUCGUUGUAUUCCGUUAUUGGAUCAACAACCACUUUGCAGACGAUUUUUUGACCUCAAAGUCAUUACGUUUCCAAAUGGCCUUGUUUCUAAACGAAAUGCGUUUUCAUCCACGCGUGCAGGCCUCUGCACGAGAUUCCCGUAUUAUCCGCAGCCUCAUGGAUUUUUUCAAGUACCAGAGACGGCUCUAUAAAGGUCUUGCAGAACAAAGUCUGACGACAGAGCAGGAGCAAAAACUUAGGCAAAAGGAUGAGAAGACAGCUGAGGAUGUUAAUGAUGCGCAUUGUGGCAACGACGACCUGAAAGCAGCAGAAGUAGAACGCUUAAGUGUGGUGGCGGCAAUACAAAGGUCCUGGGAUGCGUUUGCAAACAAGUCGAUCACAAGUGACCUUCCCAGUACUACUCAACACUCUACCCCAGUCAAAGGACGCCAUCGCGCAUCGACCUUGGCAGGUACGACUUUAAGAUCCAUGGUCGAAGAGUCUCAAGGCAAUUUCAUGGAUUCGAAACCACCUCUCUCAAAGGAGGCUCGGUCCCAAUCCAUGUUAAGACAAAUGAGCGAAGGCAGAGCGGUGAUGACCAGAGAGCGUCGACAAUCGACAUCGUCCAUCAGAUCCAACAAGAGUGGGAACACUUGGUCCACGAUAAUGACGAUGGGUAUUAGCAAAUUGCGACAGAAGAGCGAGGACAUUUAUCAGCACCUUGUCCAUCCUAUCAAUGCGCUGGGCAAAGCUGACAACAGGAGCUGCGUCUGCUGGACUCCGGCCUACACGGGGAUCAACGAACAUCACGUCUUGAACACGGCACGGAGUCACCCCAACUUGCGGCCGUCUGUCGUUGUAACAAAUGCCUUCCAGGAUUCAGCCCAGUCUCAAUCAUCUGUGGCUCACACGACUCCUGGAGUGGCCUCCAAUAAGUCGGUCAAGCGCCUAAAGUCAUCCAUUAACCUGGGUCGGUCCACACCAGCAACGGCUCCUUCACCUACGUCCUCGCCCACCCGAAAUCAGUUCUCCAGUAUUUCGAGCCGCCAUUCACGCUCCAACUCCAACUCUUCCAUGGGCUACCACCCUAAUCCGGACUGUCCCUAUCACAUUCCAUGCUUGAAUGCCUCCAGUAAAGAUACUUCUAAGAAACCCAGCGAGCCUAUGGAUGAGAAUUCAAUAGCGACACUUCAGGAGGCCUUGCAGGAUGAUUUCAUCGACAUGAUUCCUCAGCUACAGGUUUCUCGCAUGACGAGCUUGAUCCCUCCUCCUUCUCCAGCAUGGCAGUGCUCUCCUUGGUAUACGAGUUCGCAGCAGAACAACGCCAGCACGGUUUCGCCUGUGUACAAGCCCUUUAUUCUGUUUUAUCGAUCUCAAAUGGUAGCACAACAGUUAUGUCUGCUCGAGCAGCACUUUCUAGAGCAGAUUAGAUGGGAUGAGCUACUGGAGAUGGAGUUGACAAAGGCGGGAAGGAGGAAUGGAAGUAAGGCCCAGUCGUCGUUCAGCGGUUAUCUGUUCAAGGUUGAACUUGAGCGCAGUGGUAUCGAAGCCAGCAAUCAGCGGAGCAACAUGUUAUGCAUGUGGGUCGCUUCUGAGGUUGUCAGCACGCAUCCGAUUGAAGAUCGAGUGCACGUUAUUGAAAAAUUCAUCCGGAUCGCACAGAAAUGUUACCAAUAUCGAAACUUCAACUCGCUCAUUCAGCUGGUCAUGGGUUUGGGAUCCUCACACCUUUGCGGACUAAGACGCACCUGGUCCAGGGUCGGAAACUACGAGAUGCGAGUCCUUCAAGAUCUCCAGGACUUUAUUUCGCCUUGUAGCAACUGGAGGGUAAUUCGGAAGGCCAUGAACCAAGUCAGCUACAAGGACACGCUUGGCGACAGCAACCAGCGAUUCAAUUUCCAGACACAGGACAGUGCUGUUUCCGCCGGCAGCGUCUCUGGUAUGAAUCUAACCAUGCUUUGGGUACAUAAACGGACAUUGUUUUUGUGCAAUAUACAAGGGAUGGUUUAACAGCUCUUGGUGCAUUUUUAUGACCUUCCCAGGGCAAGAGUCGAAUGGGCCCAGUGUGCAGCUACUGAGCGAAUCUGAACAGUGUGGACAUAGCAAAUAUCUCCAGUAUCAAGUAUCGCUAGAAAAGCAAGGAUGCAUCCCCUUUCUAGGGCUCUUUGUCUUUGAUCUCACGCAUAUUACAGUCUCUUCUACAUGGUAUCUUCCUCAGACACCAAAGUCAAAGGAUGGAGGAGGGUGUCAGCGGGAACCGGGAUCGAAUUCUAUGCCCGCUAUAUCGAUGAGGACUGAUUAUCCAGUCAUGACAGCAGCGCCAUUGGAGGCG